AUGUGUGCCGCAGCACUGGAGGAGUACUGCGGGUCAACCUUUUGGAAUGCUUCAUAUCUGAAUAAAGGAGACCCAGACCUCCCAUUAUGUCUAGAGCAGACACUUCUGGUCUGGAUCCCUCUAGGGUUCCUGUGGAUCUGUGCUCCCUGGCACCUUAUGUUUCUUUGCCGAACACCACAUGUAAAACGCAUGUCCAAGCUCUAUCUCUGCAAACAGCUUGUGGCAUCUCUGUUGUUUCUGACGGCCAUCGGAGGCCUGGCAGUCACAUUAACACAAGAUUUUGGUCCAAGCAGUGAAACUGCUGUGAAAAAUUCUGCUGUAUUCUACACAAACCCAGUCCUUUAUGCUAUAACAUGGAUCCUUGUCCUGCUGUGUCAGGAGGGGGUGAGGCGAAGAGAAAGAGCAGUAGACUCCACCAGUCUUUUUCUCUUCUGGCUUCUUCUUGUUCUGUGUGACAUUUUUCCUUUCCAGACGCUCCUCCGAGAGGCGCUUAGUCUGGGAGAAGUCAAGGAUGUCGCUCGUUUCUUGAUUUUUUACAUUUCCUUUGGACUGGAGGUGAUUGCACUUGUUCUCUCUGUUGUGGCUGAUAUCGCUCGAGAGGAUCAGGAGCAUGUAAAAAAGAAUCCAGAGGCUGGUGCCACGUUUUUGAGCAGAAUCACCUUCAAUUGGUUUAACAGAAUGGUGGUUAGAGGAUACAAAAAGCCACUGGUUCAGGAGGACUUGUGGGAGAUAAACGAGGUGGACAGCACCCCAUACAUCAGCCAUCAUUUUGAGCAUCACAUGAAGUUUGAACUGGGAAAAGCUCGGGUCCAGUUCCAAAAGAAGCUGAAGAAGAAACUGGUACAAAAAGUAAUACAAGAAGAAGCUUCUCAAAAUGGCCUCUCCAACAGUCUGGGGAAAGGUGUGAGUCAGGAUGUUCUGGUGAUGGAGGAUAAAGGGGCAAAAGAUGAUGGAAAGAAGAAGAAAAAAGACAAAAAGGAGAAAGAGUUAUAUCCAGAUUCCUGGCUGGUUAUGACCAUUUACAAAUGCUUCAAAUGGAUUCUCUUUCAGUCGGCCAUCUUGAAACUUAUACAGGAUCUUUUGGCAUUUGCCAGUCCUCAGCUCCUCAAAUUGAUGAUCUCUUUCACUCAGGACAAAUCCAGCUAUGCUUGGGAAGGGUAUUUGUAUGCAGUGCUGCUGCUGCUGGUGGCCCUUCUGCAGUCCCUGUUCCUGCAGCAGUAUUUCCAGAAGUGCUUUGUUCUGGGGAUGAAGGUCCGCACCGCCAUCAUGGCUGCUGUGUUCAAAAAGGCAUUGGUCAUGUCUAAUGACAACCGUAAAGAGUCAACGGUCGGGGAAACGGUGAACCUGAUGUCGGCAGAUGCCCAGCGCUUCAACGAUGUGACCAACUUUAUCCACCUGCUGUGGUCCUGCCCUCUACAGAUUCUCAUAUCCAUUGUUUUCCUCUGGCUGGAGUUGGGACCUUCUGUGUUGGCAGGGCUGGCAGUAAUGGUGCUGAUGGUGCCAAUCAAUGGACUGCUAGCCACUAAAGCUAGAAAACUACAGGUGGAGAACAUGAAGUUCAAAGACAAGAGACUGAAAAUAAUGAAUGAGAUGCUCAAUGGAAUCAAGAUUUUGAAACUGUUUGCAUGGGAGCCGUCCUUCCAGGCACAAGUAGAAGGCAUUAGGAACGACGAGCUAAAAGUUAUGAAGAAGUUUGCGUACUUAACAUCUGUGUCAACGUUCAUCUUCACCUGUGCUCCUGCUGUGGUUUCUCUGGCAACAUUUGCUGUGUUUGUUAGCGUAAGCUCAGACAACAUUUUAACUGCAGAGAAAGCUUUCACAUCCAUUUCACUCUUCAACAUCCUCCGGUUUCCUCUAGCCAUGCUGCCCAUGCUUAUCGCAUCCCUUGUGCAGACAUCAGUGUCUAAAAAGAGACUGGAGAAGUUUCUGGGAGGAGAUGAUCUUGAAAGUGACAUUGUGAAGCAUGACUCCAAUUUCAACACGGCUGUCAGCGUAUGUGAUGGCUCCUUUGCAUGGGAAAGAGAUGCUGACCCCCUGUUGAAAAAUGUGUCGUUGGACAUUAAGCCUGGUCGGCUGGUAGCAGUAGUGGGAGCUGUGGGUUCAGGGAAGUCCUCCCUCAUGUCAGCCCUCUUGGGAGAGAUGCACUGUGCCAAAGGCUUCAUUAACAUUCAGGGCUCCCUUGCAUUUGUCCCACAGCAAGCGUGGAUCCAAAACGCCACUCUCAGAGACAACGUCUUGUUUGGUUCUCCAUAUGAAGAUGAGAGGUUUCAAGAGGUAAUAGAGGCCUGUGCUCUUGGCCCCGACCUGAAGCUAUUGGCUGCAGGAGACCUCACUGAGAUUGGAGAAAAGGGUAUCAACCUCUCAGGGGGUCAGAAACAACGUGUGAGCUUGGCCAGAGCAGCGUACAGCCAGGCUGACAUUUAUCUCUUAGAUGAUCCCUUGUCUGCUGUGGACUCUCACGUGGGAAAGCACAUCUUUGAUGAAGUGAUUGGCCCGAAUGGGGUUCUCAAAGACAAGACUCGUGUCCUGGUGACUCAUGGAAUAAGCUUUCUGCCUUUCGUGGAUGAAGUGGUGGUCUUGGUAGAUGGAAAGGUUUCUGAGGUCGGAUCCUACAAAAGCCUUCGUGCCAGCAAAGGGGCAUUUUCAGAAUUUUUGGACACAUACGCCAAAGAACACAACCAUCAGAGCAGUUCAGAGGAAGAUGGUUGCCAGGUUACAGAAGACGUAGACAUGCUUAUUGAGGAGGACACUCAAGCAGACUUUCCUCCAGAAGAUGCCGUUUCUUUUACAUUGAAGAGAGAGAACAGCAUGCGCCGCAGCCAAAGAGGCAGCAGUGUUCGAUUAAGAAAAAAUGGCUCUUUAAAGAUUUCUGAAAAUGACGGUGAAACAAAAAAAGGUCAGAGGCUGAUCGAAAAGGAAGCUAUGGAGACAGGACAGGUGAAGUUCUCAGUGUUCCUCCAGUACUUGCGGGCCUUGGGCUGGGGAUAUGGUUUUUGGAUCUUCUUCUUUUACUUCAUCCAAAACAUUGCCUUCAUCGGUCAGAACUUGUGGCUGAGUGACUGGACCAACGAUUCAGUAGAGUACUACAACAAGACAUACCCUUCCUGGUUACGAGACACCAGGGUGGGAGUGUUUGGUGCUCUCGGAGUGGCUCAGGGUGCCCUUGUGUUCCUCGGCACACUGAUUUUUGCCAAAGCUUCGGUUAACGCGUCUCAAAUCCUGCAUUCACGGCUGCUCAACAACAUCCUGCGAGUGCCCAUGCUUUUCUUUGACACGACACCCAUCGGAAGAGUGGUCAACCGCUUUGCAAAGGACAUAUUUACCAUAGAUGAAGCCAUUCCUCAGUCCUUCCGCUCCUGGUUGUUGUGUCUGCUGGGCGUACUGGGGACGCUGUUCGUCAUCUGUUUGGCCACGCCCUUCUUCACCAUCAUCAUCGUUCCUCUGGCUGUGAUCUACUACUUUGUACAG